CCUUCAGCCCUGCACGUCUGUGGAGAGAUCAGUUAUUAUGUGUGUGAAAACAUUACUCGGGUCGAUAGCGAUCCUGUAGCUUCGACUACAACUUGUAAAGGAGACACACCACAUCCGUUUCACAUCCACACGGCAUAAUUCUUGCUGACAGGUUGAAUUCGUGACGCAGAGUCAACGCCAAAACUUUCCCUGCCGUUGUUUCUGUCAAAGCUAUUCGUACAGUAAGGCAAGAUGAGCCCAUGGAUUAUUCAAACUGGCCUUGUUCUGCUGCUGCUGUCAGGGUCGUUGAAGACAACAGAAGGGAAGAAGGAUGAGAUGCUGUAUUGUUCAGCCUGCAUGGCAAUUGCUGAUGAGCUGAACUAUUCAAUUAGCCAGACUGAUCCUAAGAAGACCAUUGACGUGGGUGGAUUUAGACUGAAACCUGAUGGUAGUCUCACUGAUAAGAAGGUUCCUUUUGCUAGGUCAGAAACUCAGUUAACGGAACUGCUGGAAGGAGUGUGCAACAGCAUGAGUGAUUACGCCCUCCAUGUGGAUCCAGACACCAAGGAAAAGAGCUAUAAAAGAUUUGCCCCAAGGAGCAACGGCGGUGGGGAUUUCCCCGAUUUUAACAAUUUUAAGUUUGAUGGCCCAGAGGGUUCCAAUGCUCUCAAAUUUGCUUGUGAGACUGUUGUGGAAGAGCUAGAAGAUGAUAUCAUCUCUCUCUUUGCCAAUGAAUCAGAACACAUAGCCGACAAGUUGUGUGGCGAAAUAUCAGGCUAUUGUAAAGGGAGCCAAGGCCAGCGUUCAGAGUUGUAACAUUGGCUGGAGAACAAUGCCCAAGCUGUGACCUGAGUCAUGUGCAUCUCUGUGGUGGAAAUGAACACUGUGCCUUAAAUUAAGUGGCUGUUCGUAAUACUCAAGUAAAUUCUGUUCACUGGCUCCUAAUUGGUUUUGUUUGGUGUGGUCUACAGCGGCCUGUCAAAGGCCAUCAAAAACAAGUUAAAAUGGCCACAUAUUUGCUCUUUAAUUAGUAGAAAAUAUAUUUUUGGACCAUGAUUACAUAUUGCACUAUUAGCAUUUUAAUUUAAUAAUGUUACUUGAAAUGGCCUACAUUUCUUUAAUCAGAGCAUGUCAUAUUCCCUUUGCUUAUUUUUUUUACUCAAGCCUCGAUUAUUGCAUUGCUGAUGAAGCCACCAUACAAUAAUAAUGAUGUUGGGAGUCUUCUAAGAAAAACUGAGCACUUGUCCCUUUAGUAUGGAGAAACAAAAAAGCAUUUAUGGUUUAUUUUUUGUACUGUACAUACUGUUUGUCUUUCCGGUUAUGUCAAUGCUCUACGCAAAUGAAACCACGAAAAAAAAAAUAGAUUUCUGAAAUGUUUUUUUGAAGGAGUCACAUUUGCCAGAAUUAAAUAUUUCAAUGCAUAUAACUGUGUUGCAAUGACAAAGGCAAGCUAAUAUGUUUGGCCUGAAUUCUUGUUUCUGAAUUCAAAUUAUGUUGAAAAUUUGUUGCCGUCAUUAAAAUACGUAUUGAUCUUGCUAC